GCCACGUUCCAGAUAAGGAUUGAAUAUAACCGGGUGUCCACCCCAUGUCGGAUCAAGUUGCAGCCGAAGUCCCAAUACGGUUCACAGCUCUUUCGAGAAUGUCGGGAUUCUCUUUUGCAAGGAAUAGCCUGAUCCUCCUGGUCGCGGCUUUGCUACUCGCGGAGAACGGUCCGAGUGUGUUGGCGAUCAAGCACUGCAAGAAUGCUAUGAUGGACGUCAUUAUGAAGCACUGCAGCGGUGCUCGAUUCACCAGGGAUCUUGAACACGUCAAGAAUGCAGCAAUCCCCGAGGAUGAUGCAGUACAUCAGGAACCAGAAUCAAGUGACGGGAAUACGUACGACAAAAGACAGGUCAACGCAGAAGCUGCAGCCUCUGCAAUCGCUGAGGCGGCACCAAUAGUAAUGGAUAUGCUACAAGGAAACCAUGGAAUGAACCGAGGACAAUUUGGUGGACCCAAUCCAUACCAAUACGGCAGAAUAGCUGGUGAAUAUUUUCCCCGGGGUGGAUACCCACCAUUUAACCCUUACGGUAGUCCUGGUGGCUACGGAGGACCUGCUGGGUACGGAGGACCUGGUGGCUACGGAGGAUACGGAGGCUACGGACAAGACGUUUACAGUGGAUUCCAGGGAGCUGGAGACAAUCUGGGAAUGGAUUUGACGAGUAACGAGGUAGAGGAGCUCUACAAAGUCUACGAGAGGUUGCCGAGGGCUUCUAUGAGCAAGGAAGACGCUAAAAAGCUCUUCAUUGAAAUGGCUGCCAAGUGCUGUCAAAAUUUAAAUAACUGCAUCCUGGACGAGAAGCUCAUACCCUGCACGUGACUUGGAUUAUCAAUUUCAGAAGACUUUUAAUUAACCUUCUACUACCUUAUAUUUAUCUUCGUUCACUUCGUAAACUAAUCUUUUCGUGUAAGUGUACGACUUGCGCCGUAAUGAAAUUAAUAAAUAAUUUAUUUGAA